AGAGCUUUAGAACUAUUUCGGUCAUGCUUGACAGGUGAGGCAUCACGUUGGGUCGAAGACAAACUCAUAGCAAAUAUGGCCGUCGUAGUGGCCCUGAAUAAUGCUAACAUAACAGCCACUAUGAUCAAUGCACCAGAUGGUACUCUACUACCAGCAUUACCGGGUGGAGCUACUGGCGCCACAGUUAUUCUAGCACAUAAUGUUCAUAUGGAUAAGGAUUGGUCUCUUGCUGGGGGGUGUCCUGUAGACACUGGUACAGCAACUAAUGCACUAAAUGGAGUUUUAAAUAAUAAUAACUAUAUAGUUCUCCCUGAUAUCAAUAUUAGAUCUGAUUUAGUUAGAGAUUACUAUAGAAAGAUAGAUAAAUAUGCUAGCUGGGCCCGAAUAUCUAAUUGUGAAAAAAGAAUACAAUUUAUACGUGGCUUGUUCUCUGAAAACAAGUUAGAAUUGAAGCGAUUAGGUUUAAACAGACCUUUGAAUGAUGAUUUGAUUGAAACCUUGGAACAGAUUGAAAUAGAAAAGAAUGACAUGCUUUUGGAAGAUGUUGAUAGGAUUGUAAAUAGUAAGAUUCAGGCAUUACAACAAUCAACACUAAAUCAAUCACCAGCAUCUUCUUCCGGUCAGAAAAAUAUUACUAAAGCUGAUUUACAAGCCAUAGCUAAAUCCUUGCAAGAGACUAUGUCUCGAGCGACUAAAACUCUAGAUAAUAGUAAAAAAUCAGCUAAUAAGAGAGUGGAAAAUACUGCUGUUAUAUGUUUUUUGAGUGACUUACUAAAAAAAAAACCAUAUAUACACCCUGCCGAUAAAAAUAAUCAUGAUCCUGUAGAUGAUAUUUCAGAUAGUUUAGUGGGAUUAACAUUAAAUAGUGUUAUAAAUACUGCUAUCAAACGUUUGCCUAAAACUUCAUUGGAGGAAACUAUUCGUAAAAUCCUCCAAAAUGAACUUAAAUCAAUUUUUCCUGAUCAUUUCUUUCAAAACUCUAUUAAAGCCAAUAUACCAAAUCAACCGUCUCUAUUCCAGGAAAAGAUAAAAUCUCAAAGCAAUACUUCUUCAAUUGCCAAGAUUAUACCCAAUGUGCAUACACUAAAAGAUAUAAAAAAUAGAGGGCAUAGGCUAGGAAGUGUAUAUGAGCAAGAGCUUGAAAAAAAAUUAAAUUUAGCUAUUGAAUAUAACUCUAAAAUUAAUGAUCUUAGUGAAGAGUUGCAGGCUAAAAUUUCAGAGUAUUCGGAGCAAAAGGAAAAGUUUCACCAAAUUAACGCUGUUGUUAAAAAUAAGAUUAGCCAAAUAGAUGCAGUUAAUACUAGGCUUAGAUCCCAAAUUACUUCUGAAUGGAUGUCCCAAGCGAUCUUGGCCCAGAAAGCAUCAUCCCUCGAUAAGAUCAAGAUUCUUUCUCUCGAAGCUAAGAUAGGUGAAUUAGAAGCUGAAGUGAAGCACCUGGAACUAGAACGUGUAGGUUCCCCAUCACAUGCAUCCCAAGGUUCAGGAGAGACGGGUAAAAGAGGAUUUAAAUUCAAAAAACAUGAAAUAGAAUGUAUAGAAAAAGGAAUAGAGGCAACAGAUGUCAUAUAUAAACGGGAAUUAGAUAGAUUGUCUUCUGUGCAAUUAAAUUUAAUAGAGGAAAAUUCUUACCUCCAAGGUUUAGUGUUAAAGAAAGAUAAUGAAACGGUCCCAGAAGGAUCAGCUGAGCAUGUGCUUCCCUUUACGAGUGAUGCAAAAGAAAAAGAGAGUGAACAGGUUCUAAAAGAAUCACAACUUUCCACUCUUAACCCUCCACCCUCUCAAAUAUUUUCUUUAGGUGGUGCAGAAGCCGAGUCUUUACUAACAACUACUCUUACUAUUGUGGGUUUCUUAAUGAUGCCAAUGAUAAUAUAUUCCAUACUUACCUUACUACUGAUUGCAAUUAUAUAG